AUGACUUCAGUUCACUCUUCACCCUUGAAGGAAGCGCAGUUCCAUACCUUGAACCUCUCGUCUCUCUUAAGUAGAGAUGAAGAUGAGCUGGCAUCCCUCUUAGCCGCUUGCGAAAACGAUGGUUUCUUUUACCUCGACCUCCGCAACUGGGAGUCAGGAAAGAUACUGCGACAACUGGAUGUCACGGGACAGAUUAUGAAACGCUGGUUCACCGAGCCGCUGGAGCAAAAGUUGAAAACGGAGACAGCAACACAUGCCCAUGGAUAUAAGCCGCUUGGAUUACAUCCUGGAGUCACGGAGAACUCUCGUGACGGGUUUGAAGCUUUACGGCUUGGACGCGUCAACCUGCUUAACCAAACCCACCUUCCAGAUGUAGUCACAACACACCUUGACGAAUUUCAGCAACUGCAAAACUCUGCUCAUUAUAUUUUACUUAGCUUAUUGGAAUGCCUCUCAUAUGUAGCGGUGGUGCAGGAUCAGGAUCGGUACGAGCUCUACCAUCCAUCCGAGCAAACUUCGAAGACGUCGCUGCUUUUCCUCCACUACCCAGCGGAUGACGCAUCUGAACAUAUUGAGCCUCGAGGUCAUAACUCUCAUACAGAUGCUGGAACUCUAACCUUUCUAUUCGUCGAGUCACCAGGCUUGCAGGUGCUUUCACCGAAGACAAAUGAUUGGGAAUAUGUAACCCCCAAACCGGGCCAUGCCAUUAUCAAUGUUGCCGACACGCUGCGCUUCGUGUCUAAGAAGCGCUUCCGAUCAGUUUUACAUCGAGUGUUGCCACCUGGUGGCAAGAUGGUGGCUGAUAGAUAUUCGACAGCUUAUUUCUUGCGUGCUGGCGACAAAACCGUCUUCCAAGGCCUCAACGGAGAGAAGUUCACGGCUGAGGAGUGGUUCGUUAGCAAGUAUGACAGCUUCAAGAAAACUUUGCGGGAACAGGAAUCCAACCCAGUAGCAACCGGCGGCAUGGCUCAAGAUCUUGGCGUCCGCAUUUAUUAG